AGCCUGAGGCGAGGGCGGCCGCGGAGGGUUCGCGCCUUAGCGCCCUUGGCGUCAGGGAGCUCCCCCGGGAGUCGCGAGGCGGGCGUUGCUGGGGCCCGCGAAGAGGACGGAGUCAGCCAAGAACCGGCAGCAUCCCGGCUGCCGCAUUGGCUUCCACUAGCCGUUAAGCGCUGUGAGCGCCAUGGCUGAGGUGCACGUGAUCGGGCAGAUCAUGGGGGCCACCGGGUUCUCGGAAAGUAGCCUCUUCUGCAAGUGGGGCAUCCACACAGGGGCAGCAUGGAAGCUCCUGUCAGGUGUGCGGGAGGGCCAAACGCAGGUGGACACCCCUCAGGUAGGGGACAUGGCCUACUGGUCCCACCCCAUCGACCUGCACUUCGCCACCAAAGGUCUCCAAGGUUGGCCCCGGCUCCAUCUCCAGGUGUGGUCCCAGGACGGCUUUGGCCGCUGCCAGCUUGAAGGCUAUGGCUUUUGCCAUGUGCCCAGCAGCCCCGGGACCCACCAGCUGCAGUGCCCCACGUGGCGGCCCCUGGGCAGCUGGCGGGAGCAGCUGGCGCGGGUCUUUGUGGGCGGUGGGCCGCAGCUGCUGCACGGGGACACCAUCUACAGCGGGGCUGACCGCUACCGCCUGCACACAGCCGCAGGUGGCACUGUGCACCUGGAGCUUGGCCUGCUGCUGCGCCACUUCGACCGCUACGGUGUUGAGUGCUGAGGAGGCUCUGCCCGAGCUGUCACCGGCAUCCACACCCCUGCGCGGCCAGCGAGGGUCAGGAUGGCACAGUGGUCAGCAUCGGGAGCCUGAGACUUGUCUGCAGCUAACGCAUGGGACGACUUCGGUCCUUGCCAGGACCUCCAGGCCUGUAACUGCCCCUUGCUGCCCAGUUUCUGUCUCUGUAAAAUGGGGCAGGAAGGAUGCCAGCACCCGGGGGGUCGGGUGAGAAGGGGCUGCUUAGCACCCGGGCAGGGUUCAAUUAAAGGUGGGUGCAUCUUAUAGGUACCAGUGCCUUCGUGACCCCCUUCUUGUGCCCCCUCGCCUGCUGCCCUCUUUCCUCGGGCCCCCAUCCUGUGUCCUAGCCCCUCACUCUUCCAGUUCUUAGACACCCCUCGCCCUAGUCCCCCCUCUCCCAGUGUCCCCUCCCUGCCAAGUCUCUCACCGCGCAUGGCCCCACUGCGAUGGUGCAUCUCAGGCACCGCUUUGGUAGCACUCAGCCGCCAGGAGGCAGCACCCCUUUCCCGUUCGCGGGGCGGAGCCGGGUGCCCGCCCCCCCAGGGCAGAAGGGACCCCCCUCGGAGC